CUCUUACAGCCUCAAUACCGUUAGUUGAGAUAGACAAUUUAUCAGUUUGUAAUUAAGAAAAAGUCUGACAUGUGGCUGAAAGUGAGGAAGAGGUAGAAAAGGCAAAAGGUCAAAGGUCUCAGGGAAGGAAGGAGGGUAGAGACAGUGAGUUUUAUUUGUCCUUUUAUGGUUCAGUCUUCCUUCUUCAUCGAGUUUCCCUAAUUCUCUUCACUCUUCAUCCCCAGCAAUUUUUCUUCCCAAGCAUUUCCUGCGGGCUUUUAUUACCCCAGGAGUGCCAGUCAAGGGGUGGGACAGAUACAGCUGUGUAGCAACUAACGACUGACUCUUGUGAGUGUGGAGGGCAAACCAAGCUCCCUGAAACCUCCGCUCUGCUCUCCUGCCUUACGCCGCACGGCCCCUGUUCUGAGGUUUAAUACUUGCUUCACAGAUAGGCGCUGCGGCCACGUUCCGGUGCCCACCUUCUCCUUGGCCCGGGCACGACGCCAGCCCAGGAGGCGCGGCCCAGAGCUGCUGCUAAAGACAGCGGAAAGCGCCGGCCGGACGGCCUUGGCUCCCUCGGUGCGCUGGGCGCAGAGCACUCGGACCCCGGGCGCCCACUGCUUGAGUAACCACCCGGCUCCUAGCCAGGCUUAGCCCAGCUGCGGGGUAAGUCAGUUCGCCAGGCCGGCCUGGAGCCAUGGGCUGGUUGGUCGGGCGGCGCCGAGAUUCUGCGUCACCACCUGGGCGGGGCCGUUCUGCCGCUGACGACAUCAACCCGGCACCUGCCAACAUGGAAGGUGGCGACGGCAGCGUCGUUGUGGCUGGCCUCGGGGCUCGAGGUUCUGGAGCUGCUGCAGCGACAGUCCGGGAACUUCUGCAGGACGAGUGUUAUAGUGACUUUUUAAACGAAGACUUUGAUGUAAAGACUUACACUUCUCAAUCUAUUCAUCAAGCUGUAAUUGCUGAACAACUAGCAAAACUUGCCCAAGGAAUCAGUCAGUUGGACAAAGAACUACACUUACAGGUUGUUGCAAGACAUGAAGAUUUACUGGCACAAGCAACUGGGAUUGAGUCGUUGGAAGGUGUUCUUCAGAUGAUGCAGACGAGAAUUGGGGCUUUACAGGGAGCUGUUGAUAGGAUAAAAGCAAAAAUUGUUGAACCAUACAAUAAGAUAGUUGCCCGUACUGCACAACUAGCAAGACUUCAGGUUGCCUGUGAUUUGCUUCGGAGAAUUAUUCGUAUCUUGAAUCUCAGUAAGAGACUCCAAGGACAACUGCAAGGGGGAAGUAGAGAGAUAACAAAAGCUGCCCAGAGUCUCAAUGAACUUGAUUAUCUUUCUCAAGGAAUAGAUCUUUCUGGAAUAGAAGUGAUAGAAAAUGACCUACUUUUUAUUGCAAGAGCCCGACUUGAAGUGGAAAAUCAAGCUAAGCGCCUACUAGAGCAGGGUUUGGAGACUCAGAAUCCAACUCAAGUCGGAACAGCUCUUCAGGUUUUCUAUAAUCUUGGAACUUUGAAGGAUACUAUUACCAGCGUUGUGGAUGGAUAUUGUGCUACUUUAGAAGAAAAUAUCAACAGUGCAUUAGACAUAAAAGUUUUGACUCAGCCUUCCCAGUCAGCUGUGAGAGGGGGACCUGGACGAUCUACCAUGCCAACCCCAGGAAAUACUGCAGCUUUGCGUGCUUCACUCUGGACGAAUAUGGAGAAACUUAUGGAUCAUAUUUAUGCUGUUUGUGGACAGGUACAACAUCUACAAAAAGUAUUGGCCAAGAAGAGAGAUCCUGUUUCUCAUAUUUGUUUCAUUGAAGAAAUAGUUAAGGAUGGACAACCUGAAAUUUUCUACACAUUUUGGAAUUCAGUUACUCAGGCACUUUCUUCUCAAUUUCAUAUGGCGACAAACUCUUCUAUGUUUUUGAAGCAGGCAUUUGAAGGAGAAUACCCCAAAUUAUUACGUCUUUAUAACGACUUAUGGAAGCGUCUUCAACAAUACAGUCAGAAUAUCCAAGGAAAUUUUAAUGCAAGUGGAACUACAGACCUCUAUGUUGACCUACAACACAUGGAAGAUGAUGCACAAGAUAUAUUCAUACCAAAAAUGCCAGAUUAUGAUCCAGAAAAGGCUUUGAAAGACUCACUACAACCCUAUGAGGCUGCUUAUCUAUCAAAAUCCUUAUCUCGACUCUUCGAUCCUAUCAACUUGGUUUUUCCCCCUGGUGGUCGUAAUCCUCCUUCCUCUGAUGAACUUGAUGGUAUUAUUAAAACUAUAGCAAGUGAACUAAAUGUUGCUGCUGUUGAUACAAACCUUACAUUAGCUGUGUCAAAAAAUGUGGCAAAGACCAUCCAGUUAUACAGUGUAAAGUCAGAGCAGCUUCUCUCCACACAAGGAGAUGCAAGUCAGGUGAUUGGGCCUCUUACUGAAGGACAGAGAAGAAAUGUGGCAGUAGUGAAUUCAUUGUAUAAGUUGCACCAAUCAGUAACAAAGGUUGUUUCCAGUCAGAGCUCAUUCCCACCGGCAGCUGAGCAAACUAUAAUUUCAGCUCUAAAGGCUAUUCAUACUCUUAUGGAAAAUGCUGUGCAACCCUUACUCACUUCUGUGGGAGAUGCUAUAGAGGCCAUAAUCAUCACCAUGCAUCAAGAAGACUUUUCUGGGUUUGGGGGCACAUGUGAAGGUUUGUUAUACAGGUCAUUAUCCAGCUCAGGAAAACCUGAUGUUCCUUGUUCUCUGUACAUGAAGGAGCUACAAGGCUUCAUUGCCAGAGUUAUGAGUGACUAUUUUAAACACUUCGAAUGCUUGGAUUUUGUCUUUGACAACACCGAGGCUAUUGCCCAAAGAGCAAUUGAACUUUUUAUCCGCCAUGCCAGUCUCAUAAGACCUCUUGGUGAAGGUGGGAAAAUGCGACUUGCUGCUGAUUUUGCACAGAUGGAGUUGGCUGUGGGUCCAUUCUGUAGACGAGUAUCUGAUUUAGGAAAGUCCUAUCGAAUGCUGAGAUCAUUCAGACCUCUGCUCUUCCAGGCAAGUGAACAUGUAGCCAAUAGUCCUGCACUGGGGGAUGUGAUUCCGUUCAGCAUCAUUAUUCAGUUUUUGUUCACGAGAGCACCCGCUGAGCUGAAAUCUCCUUUCCAGAGGGCAGAGUGGUCCCACGCACGCUUCUCUCAAUGGCUGGAUGACCAUCCAUCUGAAAAGGACAGGCUCCUCCUCAUCAGGGGAGCCCUGGAAGCUUACGUUCAAUCAGUGAGAAGUAGAGAAGGCAAAGAAUUUGCACCAGUUUAUCCCAUAAUGGUUCAGCUGCUUCAGAAGGCUAUGUCUGCUCUUCAGUAACAAUAUGAAAGCUUUGUUGAUCUCCACUUUGUGCUAACCCAUUCAUAGUUGGCAGUUAACACAUACUCCAAAAGACAGCUACUAUCCACUAUUUUAAGAAUGUAAUUGAUUGUUCUGUAUUUCCUGUCAACCUUUAUUUACCUCUUUAGCACUUUAUACUUUAGCAUAAAAAUGUCGAGUCAUCACCUUUUAAUUCCAUGGACCUGAUUUUUUCAGAAAGAUGUUUUCCUCUUUCAGAUUUUUGUACAAGGCUAAAAUUUCUUUUCCAUCCAUAACCGAGUCCUCCUAUGGGUACAUAAACCCAAAGUCCCCACUUCUUUUAAAAGGAUAUGAACACGUUAUAUAAUACGUACCCUGCUUCCCCCAACCCUGCCUUCUUCACUAAAUAAGCAUGUAGGCUCAGUGGUUUCCAAAUUUGGCUGCACAUUCGUAUCACCAGAGGAGUUUUUAAAAAUCCUGAUGCCCAACUUGCACUCUAAUUAACAUGUCUGGGAGUGGGAGCCUGACACCAGUAUUUAAAAAAACAAAACAAAAAAAAUCCCCAAAAUGAUUCCAAUAGACAACAAAGUUGAGGAACCACUGGCACAUCCCAAAGCUAAGAUACAGGGUUAAAUGGCCUUGUUUAAGUAUGUCAUACUCUUAUCUUUAAAUAAAGCAAGGCUUUUGUUACACUUUGUCAUACCAUCAUUAAAAGCAGACCUUUGGGCUGUUUAACCUUGUAACAAAGAUACCAUGUGAAAAAUACAAAUUUUUAUUCUAUAGAGAUUCUCUAUAACUGGUAGAUAAUCAUCUAAGUCCUUAUUUUCUGAUGGCUCUUGUUCCGCUAUUAACAUUUUUGUUUUUAAUUUUUAAAAUCCCAUCAGCAGCCUCCUAAUUAGCAGUGUUAGGAAUCUGCCUUAUGUUUUCCAUCUCCUGAACCUGUUAUUCUGAGAACUCAUAAAUAAAAUUCAGCCAAGAUUAAUCAGUAAA